AUGAAGCAAAAUUUUAUUUUGGUAUUCAUUUUAUUGGCUACGCUUUCAAUAGUCAAUGCUCAACUUCAUAAAAGAGCCACUAAAUUUGGACCAUGCCGUUUAAGUCCGCCUGUAUCCCACUUCACUACUAUAACUCUUUCACCUGAUCCUAUUACUCUUGGGAAAAAUGUCAGUGUUACUCUUACUGAAAAACUAGACAAGGAUAUACCCGCAAGUUCAAAAGAUGUAUUGCAGGUUCUAUUCCUUGAUUCAUAUAAUAUACCAAGUGACUUAUUUUCUAUAGAUUUAUGUACUGCUACGGGAAUUAAAUGUCCAAUUCCGCAAGGAACCGAAAUUAGUACGACAGUGUCAGUUCUAGUACCAGGCGCAGAAGACCUACCUAAAGGAUCCACAAUUGAGGUUUCUGUUCGUGAAAAAGGUGCUGAAGUCGACUUUAUCAUUUGCUCACUUUCUGACCCUAUUUCUUAA